UACAUGAAAAUUACCCUAGAUAUUUCAUACCUGAGCGAAACGAAGAAGAUAAAAAUAGCAAAAAUUAAAUGAAUAUUAUAAAGAAAAAAAUAGUUGAAACCAGUGUGAGAGCUCUGCCAGCCUUGAAAAUUGGCGCGGUCGUACUGGUUUCCCCUGAAACUCCGGAACGUCUGGCUUGAGACCUGUUCGUUCGUUCGUUCGUUCCAUGCUCUCUUAACUAACUGACUAACUAACUUUCUAAUGUCCCCAUUUCAUGCCUCCAUUACAAUCUCUUUCUCUCUCUCUCUAGAAAUCAUUACUUUCGGUAGCUUUGAGCUUCGGAUUUUGAUAUCGCCAUGGAUGAAGAAUACGAUGUUGUGGUGCUUGGUACCGGCCUCAAGGAAUGCAUUCUCAGUGGUCUUCUCUCUGUUGAUGGACUCAAAGUUCUUCACAUGGACAGAAAUGAUUACUAUGGAGGUGAAUCCACCUCACUUAAUCUCAACCAGCUCUGGAAGCGAUUCAGGAGCAAUGACACACCUCCAGAACAGUUGGGUUCAAGCAGAGAUUACAAUGUCGAUAUGAUCCCCAAGUUCAUGAUGGCCAAUGGUGCCCUGGUUCGUGUUCUCAUCCACACUGAUGUAACAAAGUAUCUCAAUUUCAAGGCUGUAGAUGGUAGUUUUGUGUACAACAAAGGGAAGAUUCACAAAGUACCAGCUACUGAUGUGGAAGCACUUAAAUCCCCAUUGAUGGGAUUAUUUGAGAAGCGUCGUGCUCGAAAAUUCUUCAUUUAUGUGCAGGACUAUGAAGAGAAUGAUCCAAAAUCUCAUGAAGGACUCGAUCUCAACAAAGUCACAGCAAAAGAUGUUAUUUCGAAGUAUGGGCUAGAUGACAAUACAGUUGACUUUAUUGGCCAUGCAUUGGCACUCCAUAUAGAUGACAGUUACUUGGACCAGCCUGCCAUGGAUUUUGUGAAGAGAGUUAAGCUAUAUGCAGAAUCUUUAGCUCGCUUCCAGGGAGGAUCUCCUUAUAUUUAUCCACUGUAUGGACUUGGAGAACUACCUCAGGCAUUUGCUCGUUUGAGUGCUGUCUAUGGUGGAACUUACAUGCUUAACAAGCCAGAAUGCAAGGUAGAAUUUGAUGCAGACGGAAAGGCCUUUGGAGUGACGUCAGAAGGCGAAACUGCGAAAUGCAAAAAAGUAGUAUGUGAUCCUUCAUAUUUGUCCGACAGGGUAAAGAAGGUUGGGAAAGUAGCUCGUGCUAUAUGUAUAAUGAGUCAUCCAAUUCCGAACACCCAUGAUGCUCACUCAGUCCAGAUCAUUCUGCCCCAGAAACAACUUGGGCGGAAGUCAGAUAUGUACCUGUUCUGCUGCUCCUAUUCUCACAACGUAGCUCCGAAAGGUAAAUUCAUUGCUUUUGUUACAACAGAAGCAGAGACUGAUAAUCCUGAAGUGGAACUGAAGCCUGGCAUAGAUCUUCUUGGACCAGUAGAGGAAAUAUUUUUUGAUACUUACGACAGAUAUGAACCGACUAACCAGAAUGCUGUCGACAACUGUUUCAUAUCCACUAGUUAUGAUGCAACAACACACUUCGAAUCCACACUAGAAAAUGUGAUCGCCAUGUACAGCCAGAUAACUGGAAAGGCUCUUGAUCUAACCGUGGAUCUGAGUGCCGCCAGUGCUGCUGCUGAAGAAUGAAUGAAUGAACUUUUUGGGUCACACAUCCAUCCCACAAGAACAGAGAGAAUAGAGUUCAAAAGAACAUUCCCUUUCCAUGAUUAAAUUCUUUUGAAUGCAAAUGAUAGCAGUCCUUAAAAACACAUUCUGCACUUUCUCCACAAAAGACUGAUUGAUUGCCUUCCCAUAUGAGAGCAAAUGACCCAAAACCUGCAUUACAUUUUAGCAGAAUCUGCUAGGAAUUUGUUGUUUUGCCAUAUGGUUUGUUUGUUUUAUUAACAUUUUGAAACUUUUCCCCCCCCCCUUUUUGGUGAACUAUAAGCAUUUUGACUUGGUUAAUAAUACAUAAAAUUUCAAGCU